ACGUUGGAUUCUCAUUUGAGCGGCAUCAGCUGUUGGAAGUCUGUGACGCAAGUUCUCUUCAACCACAGAAAUGGGAAAGGGAUUCGGUGAGCUUGCCCACGUCAGAGGCAUCAUCAAAUACUCUCUGUCUCCCUUUGAACAGAAAGCAUUUGCUGGAGCCAUCAAAUAUGGUGUCCCAAACUUGUUCAGGAGGUUCCGUGGACAGGUCCUACGUGUUGCUCCUCCAUUCAUCAUUGGCUACAUGAUCUACCAGACAGUGGAGGGAAGACACACUCAGCUAAUGAGGAAGAAUCCUGCUGACUUUGAAAAUGACGAAUAAUUUGUAUCUAUAAAUAUGGAAAUUGUGGUUGUAAACAUUUGGAUUGAUGUUAAAAACAAAACAAAACAAUAAAAUGUUAAUAAAGAAGACCUGACCAGUUAUUCUACAGUGCACAUCUUAAUACCACAAUCUUCUUUAAUGUAAAUAUCCAUUAACCAAUAAAUAAUUUUGUAAC